GGAAAUGCUAGACGUCAUCGACUGCUACAAGGAAAACGUGACGCGUGCCAUCAGCGAGGUCAUCGGAAUCUCGAAGGUCAAGCUAGAGCAGGCGGACCAAAUUUGCCGGCUGCGAGAGUGCAACCUGGGGAACUUGAUAGCGGACGGCUUCUUCGCCUACUACGCGGACAAGAAGAGCAGCGAGCCCGACCUCUGGUCUGACGUCAACGGCGCCCUGUUCAACGGAGGCGCCGUCCGCGCGCCCAUCCCUCAAAAUCGUAACAUCACAAUGGGUCACAUACUGGCUACAAUGCCUUUCGGCAUGUCGGUCGUCAUCAUGACACUCAACGGCUCCGAGCUAAGGAGCAUGUUCGAAUACUCAGUGUCGGAGUACAGUUUUCAAAAGAAGCAGGGCCGGUUCUUGCAAGUGUCGGGCAUUCGUGUAACGUACAACUUGAGUUAUCCUUCUAAGUGUCGCGUCGUGUCACUUCAAGUCCUGUGUCGAAGAUGCAGAGUGCCACGAUACGAGGCAGUGAAUGACACCGGCGUGUACAGAAUUGUCACCACCGACUACAUCACAAAAGGAGGAGAUGGAUACCCAAGAGCAACUAACGCCACAAGCGGAGGUCCGGCGGACUACUCAGUUCUUGUGGAACACAUUAGGAAGAUUACUCCUGUGAAGUCGGCCAUUGAGGGACGCAUAACACUCCUCAACGGAACUAAACUUGUAAUGAUUCCAGGCGACCCCGUCACAAACCCAUCGCUCAGAAAGGAAGAAACGCUAGAUGCAAGGCUACUUACAAGUCCCUUAGAGAAAUUGAAGCGUUCACUCAACAUUUUCUUGCCUUUGAUCAAAAAGAAAAUUUCGGAAAUUUUUGGCAAAUAA